AUGGACAUCCAGAUAUUGGUCAACAUCAUCCUAAUGGAAACUGCUGUCUUUCAGAAAGAAGGAUGUGCUGGACCUCCAGGGCCACCAGGAUAUCCAGGACCUCCAGGUUUGAGAGGGAUAUCAGGUUUACCAGGAUUGCCAGGACCUCCAGGACCAAGUGUAAAAUGCCCGUGCAACAGAAUGUCCGCCUUCACUGCGAAACUCAGUGACAAGCUGCCUUCACCUUUGAAGCCUGACCUCACAGAGGUCCUGUACAAUGCCCAGAGAGACUUACAGGAGGACACUGGGGUCUUCACAUGCAGGGUGCCAGGAAAUUCCCAUUUCCUCUUUGAUGUGGAGCUCCAGCACUGCAAGGUGAUCGUUCGGCUGAUGAGGAACAAAAGUUCUGUCUUAGAAAAGCAUCAGGUCUCCACCAAAGAGUCCAGGAAUCUCUCUGGCAUGUUGACCCUGCCACUGAGCGUAGACAAGAAGGUGUGGCUAGAAGCAGAAGUGGAAACCGAGGAGCCGGAGCAAGCCACAGUUACAAUCUAUUUCUCUGGUUUCCUGACAUGGUUCUGGCCUCUCUAUAUAGCGAAGACAAAUCCCUUAUGA